AAUGAAACUCGCCACACCAUCGACCUCAACAACUUUGGCUUCUACGCCAACGGAACUCUGGAUGUCCACCUGCAUUCACUGCGAGUCCCGGAAACUCUAGUGGACUACAGCAAGUCCCCAUGGCACAUUCUCAGGAAAAUCUGCAGAUUUUACCUAAUAGUUUGAACAAGGAUGAUGAAACUGAUGCAGCACUACGGAAUUCCGCAGAAGCUCAUCAACAUCAUCCAACAGCUUUAUGAAGACUCGUCCUGCCAGAUCAUCCACAAUGGAAAACUGACCAACCCCUUUGCAGUGAAAACCGGAGUGAGGCAAGGCUGCAUGCUGUCACCGACAAUCUUCCUGAUCGUCAUGGACUGGAUCAUGAGAAGAACCACAGAGGGCAGCAACACCGGUAUCCAGUGGACCCUCACCAAAUAGCUGGAGGACCUGGAUUUUGCAGACGACAUCAGCCUUCUGUCCCAUAAGCAGCAACUUGCACAGUCCAAGCUUACCCGGCUCGCUGAGGAGGCAGAAAAGAUCAGCCUGAAGAUCAACGUCAGAAAAACGAAGGUGAUGCGGUUGAACAACCGACAAGAACAUCCACUGCAGCUACAGGGAGAAGACUUGGUGGAAACCAACCGCUUCGUCUACCUAGGAAGCAUAGUCAACAGUGAUGGUGGCGCAGAUGAAGACGUUAGGAGCCGGAUCAACAAAGCAAGGCUUGAAUUCAACACCCUGCGACCCAUCUGGAACUCCAAAGCCUUAUCUCAGCGCAGCAAGAUCUGCACCUUCAACAGCAAUGUGAAAGCAGUCCUUCUGUAUGGGUCCGAGACGUGGCGGGUGACCAAGACCACUACCAGCAAGAUACAGAUUUUCAUCAACAAGUGCUUGCGACACAUCCUCAACAUCAGAUGGCCUGAGAAGAUCUCAAACACACACUGGAAGAGAACCAGCCAGAACCCGGUCGGUCAAGACAUCAAGAAGAGAAAAUGGGGCUGGAUAGGCCACACACUUCGAAAACCACUCGACAACGUCGCAAGGCAAGCACUGGACUGGAACCCACAAGGGAAAAGGAAAGUGGGGAGACCCAAACAGACGUGGAGAAGAUCUGUCGAGAGCGAAGUGAAGGCCGCUGGAAUGACGUGGACCCAGCUGAAGAGAGCAGCCCAGAACAGAGUCCGUUGGCGUGGUGUUGUUGCGGACCUAUGCUCCCCCAGGAGUCAACAGGAAAAUUGAUUUUUGAACAAGGAUGGGUUGGGUUCAGCCUGUCCAGAUCGCGUGUUAAUGGAGUCUUGUCCUACACAGCAGAGGAGUCGGAGACAUGUCCGCUCACUCUUAUAAAGUCGACCGAUGAUGAGCCUCUCAUUCUUUUUCUCAUUGAUAUCAAGAAACAAAGCGUCAAUGUGACUGCUAUGGGUAAACAAGACAACAUACUGAUGGCGAAGGAAAAGGUUGAAGCAGAUAAAGGUCAGAAGAAAGUCAAACGUGCAUCAGGAGAACAAUCAAAAAAUCCGGAUAAGCCAACGGUGCUCCCGAAACAAGCGGAAAAACGGAGCGAUGACAAGAAAUCAGAGCAGAUUGCGCAGAACCCAAAAGCUGAAGCCGUUAACGUGCCAGGGACAUUCAAUCUGAGCAGUCGCAACCAGCUGACUUUAGAUUUAGGGGAAAUCCACGGCACCUACAACUUCAGUUUCCGCAUGGUGUUUGGCUCAGAGGCCGAGGGCCUGUACAGCUUGAAGUUCCACUACUGCCAAAACAGGGAGCCGGGAAUCGACAGGGCCUACUCAUUUGCAGUGGAAGUGACAGAGAAGAAUCCUGAUGGCUACCUCUCUGCAGCGGAAAUCCCUCUGUCUCGCCUUUACCUUUAUAUGGCUGGAGUUUUCUUCACUGCUGCUCUGGUUUGGGUGUACAAUCUCAUGAAGCACAGUUACAGUGUGUUCAAGAUCCACUGGCUGAUGGCAGCGCUAGCUUUCACAAAGUCCACGUCACUGGUUUUCCACAGUAUCAACUAUUACUUCAUCAACACUGAGGGGCAUCCUAUUGAGGGCUGGGCCGUCAUGUAUUAUAUAACACACCUGCUAAAGGGGGCGCUCCUGUUCAUCACACUGGCGCUGAUUGGUACCGGCUGGGCUUUCGUGAAAUACACCCUGUCCGACAAGGAGAAGAAGAUCUUCAUGAUCGUCAUUCCUCUGCAGGUCCUGGCUAACGUCGCCUACAUCAUCAUUGAGUCUACAGAGGAGGGCUCCAGCAAGUACUACGUGUGGAAGGAGAUCCUCUUUCUGGUGGACCUUAUCUGCUGUGGAGCCAUCCUUUUCCCUGUUGUGUGGUCAAUCCGUCACCUACAAGAGGCUUCAAGCACCAAUGGCAAUGAUGCCAUGUAUUUGGAGAAGCUCAAGCUCUUCCGCCAUUAUUAUGUGAUGAUCGUGUGUUACAUCUACUUUACAAGGAUCAUAGCCAUUCUGCUCAAGAUCACUAUGCCUUUCCGGUGGCAGUGGUGCUAUGAGUUUCUGGUGGAGGUGUCGACUCUCCUCUUCUUUGUGUUGACGGGCUAUAAGUUUCGCCCAGCAUCCAAUAACCCCUACCUCCAGCUUCCCCAGGAUAAGGACGACGUCGAGAAUGAUGAAGUAGUGACUGAGUCAGGCGCACUCGAGGGUAUUUCCAAAGUCAAGAAGACGUCCAACGGACGCGAGCGCCAGAAAGAGUCCACCUUGUGAGCAGGAAGCUGCAUCUUUGGGAGUGGCCAACUAAACAUCCCCAGGCCAGCUGACAGAAAGGGGUACACACACACACACACACGGACCAAGGCUCCCCACUUCCAGUGACAGCGCUCCUAUUGAAACUCUUUACGUGGUUGCAGUGGUUGUGCCCACUGUCUGGCUAUGCAAAAAAAAAAACGGACUACCUUAUUGGACGCUCUCUGUUUCCCUUAAAUGCUCCACCUAAAAACUGAGGGGUUUUUGGGGAGCUACAACCACAUGGACGGGUGGAGAUAUGGAAAGGAGCUCUGAUGUUCUGUAUGUUUCAUUUCUCUCUCUCUCUCUCUCUCCCUCCAAAGAUAAUUUUUUUUAGACACUUGCUUUUGAGUGUGUUUAUAGCAGCUAUUUAAAACGGUACUUCUGCGAGCCUCUUAGCUGUAACUAUUCCUGUGCUGUGUGUGUGUGUGUGUGUGUGUGUGUGUGUGUGUGUGUGUGAGUGUGUGUGUGAGUGAAAGUGAGACGACACAGGAUUUGGCUACCCCCGCCUCCCCACCCCAGUGACAAUAGCCCAUACUCAGGUAAAAGGCUAAUCGGUAUAUUUCAAAUUUAAGCAUCCAUCUCGUGUUUCCAUUGUUCACGGGUCAGAAAAAUCCCACUUUAUCACCACACAGUACCGUAUGUUUUUGUUUUUUUUUCUUUUCCUCUUACAUGUAUGAUUUGUAUAUUGAAAUAUAUGGUUAACAAGAGGUGUUAUAUUUCAAUAUAGAUUGACUUAUUACUAGAGAUGGCACGAUACCACUUUUUAAUGUCCGAUACCGAUAUCAUAAAUAUGGAUAUCUGCCGAUACUGAUAUGAAUCUGAUAUAGCCUAUUUUGUAAUCAAUAAAACUGUUUUUUAUAAA